GCGCUUUGAACUGGCUGUCUAAACAGCGGGCGACGAAGAGAGCGACGAAGGCAUCUGAAGACAUGAGGAGGAUCGUGUUCGACUCUUCCUCUGAUGAAGAUGAGGGAGGAGCGCAGCAGACGCCCCUCCAUAUCAGCUGGUUGCCUCUGUCCAUGGUUGAGUGCUCACAGUACCUUGGAAUAUGUUCGCUGCCAGGUUGCAGGUACAGAGAGGUUCGCAGGUCACUGCAGAGAGACGUCGAUGAGCUGAAGAACCAGGGGGUGCAGAAUGUGUUCGUCUUCCUCUCUAGAGGGGAACUGAGCAAGUACAGGGUCCCGUCCCUCCUGGAGGUCUACAAUGAACACGGCUUCACGGUGCACCACACACCGCUCCCCGACGGAGACGUUCCCGAGCUGGAGCAGUGCUGCCAGAUCCUGGACCAGCUGCAGGUCUGCCUCGAGAAGAACAGGAAGACAGUGGUCCACUGCUACGAAGGCCUGGGCCGAUCUGCUUUAAUCGCCGCCUGCCUGCUGCUCCAUCUCUCGCCGACGAUGACGGCCGACAAAGCCAUCGAGAUCCUCAAAGAGCACAGGGGAGGAGGAGCGAUUCAAACGGUGAAGCAAUACAAUUUCCUUCACGAGUUUAAGGAGAAGUAUGCCGCCUACAGAGAGAGCAGAGAGGCUCCCGCAGAAAGAUCAGUGUCUCGGUGAUUAUGGAGAUGGUCUCUAAGCGUUUGCAUUGAUUUCUAUUUGCUGGUGAUUAACUCGCCAAGAGCUGCACUUUGAAUAUUGUAUCACUUCCUUUGAGCUUUUAAAUAAGCCAAAGGACUUGGUAACAGAGCACGAUUUGGCUUAAAAUCUUAAAUAAAAGCCUGUGUUGAAGCAUUAAAAAAAAAGUGAGAUGUGUACAUUUUCUGUACCAAAAUCAUUUUAAAAACAUCCACUGCACAAGAAAAAUAAAAUAAAAAAAUAAACUAUGCAGAAAAUUUCA